CUCCCUCGCGGCGCGUGUUUCGUAGCCCCGCCGCCGAGCGGAGUCUGGACCCAGGGCGAAGUCUGGCUGAAAGGCGGGGGAGGUGGGCCCUAGGCCAGCCAGUCCCUCAGGCAGACGGAGACCCCGGGCCCUACUCCCUCACUGACAGCCCAGGGCCCCAGGCGCGCCUCCCGGGACCAUGCAGGCCUCAAAAAAGCUAGUGAACACAAUUCUGGGUUGUGCAGAUGAUUCAUUGGCUGGAAUAGUGGCAUGUAACCCUCAUCUCCAGCUCCUGCAAGGACACAGAGUGGCACUGCGUUCUGACUUGGAAAACUUACAGGGCAAAGUGGCACUGAUUUCUGGAGGUGGAUCAGGACAUGAACCUGCACACGCAGGGUACGUUGGAAAGGGAAUGCUCACUGGAGUGGUAGCUGGCCCAGUAUUUACUUCUCCUGCAGUCGGUAGCAUUUUAGCAGCGAUUCGGGUUAUGAAAGACGCUGGAGCAGUUGGGACUCUGCUAAUAGUGAAGAACUAUACAGGGGACCGCCUGAACUUUGGGCUGGCAUUGGAACAGGCACGGGCAGAAGGGAUUGAUGUGGACAUGGUGGUGGUUGGGGAUGACUCUGCUUUCACCAAACAGAAGAAGGCUGGCAGGAGAGGGCUGUGUGGUACAGUUCUUAUACACAAGGUGGCUGGGGCUCUCGCUGAGGCAGGAGUUAGUCUAAAAGAAAUUGUUCGAAAAGUGACUGCUGUCAAAGGGCAAAUGGGCACCCUUGGAGUAAGUCUGUCCCCCUGUAGUGUCCCUGGAUCAAGACCCACCUUCCAGCUUGCUGAUGAUGAGCUUGAGCUGGGCUUAGGAAUUCAUGGUGAAGCUGGUGUAUGCAGGAUGAAAAUAACAUCAGCAAAUCAAAUUGUAAAGAUAAUGUUGGAUCACAUGACCAAUCGUUCCAGCGAUUCACAUCUUCAGCUCAGGUCUGGUGCAUCUGUAGUCUUGGUAGUGAACAACCUGGGUGGCUUAUCAUAUCUGGAGUUGGGUGUAGUGGCUGGAUCUGCAGUGCAUUAUCUUGAAAGGAAAGGUGUUCAAAUUUCCCGGGCUUUUGUUGGCUCCUUUAUGACUGCACUGGAAAUGGCAGGUGUUUCCCUUACCGUUCUGCUUGUGGAUGAUGAGAUACUGAGUCUCUUAGAUUCAGAUACUACAGCUGUUGCCUGGUCACAACCUGCCAAAGUGUCUGUUACAGGCCAGAAAAGAGAGAGGAUAGCGCCCAAGGAGGACUUUGAAGAAGAAGAGUCUUUUCCACCCGAAGUUCCAUCCUCCCCCUAUAUGAGACAAGCUCUAGAGAAGGUAUGUGACACACUGCUGAGCCUACAGGAUAAGCUGAAUGAUUUGGAUCGGGCUGCAGGUGAUGGGGAUUGUGGCAGCACACAUGCACGGGCUGCCAGAGCAAUCCAGGAAUGGCUGAAUGCAAGACCUCUACCGGUAGACCCCUCUAAACUGCUCUCUUCCCUUGCAAAACUGUUGUUGGAGAAGAUGGGGGGUUCCUCAGGGGCGCUCUAUGGACUGUUUUUAACAGCAGCUGCUCGGCCCCUGCGGAUUGACAAUGACUUGCCAGCCUGGUCAAUGGCUAUAGACGCUGGUAUUAAGGCCAUGAUGCAGUAUGGAGGAGCUGCACCUGGAGAUAGAACCAUGUUGGAUUCACUCUGUGCUGCUGCUGCAGAACUCAGAGCUCUGAAGAAGCCUAAUGCCAAUGCACUGCAGAUUCUAGCCAAAGCUGUACAGAAAGCAGAAGCUGCUGCUGAAUCUACAAAGAAUAUGGAAGCUGCUGCAGGCAGAGCCAGUUACAUCAGCUCAUCCCGCCUAGAGCAGCCAGACCCUGGGGCUGUGGCAGCUGCGGCGAUUCUUCGUGCAGUAUUGGAAGGGCUACAGACUAAAACCUCCCGUUCCCUGAUUCAGAACACAGUUUAGAACUUGCUAAAAUGUCAUGCACUUGUUCUUCUUCUCUUGUAUAGGGUUUUCUCCUUGAAUCAUAGUACCUUCGAAAUUACUCAGUGUCUGCUGCAACUUACCCUUCACACUUCCUGCCUGAGAACCCAUUUGUAGUGAAUGGUACUGGCUGGUGUUUCUGUGAACCUAUAUAUGCGAACAGGAGUGUGCUUUACAUUCUUGUUUUGGGAUCAGUACUUUUCCUUGUGCUUUGUGAAUAAGAGACCUGUCUUUUUUUGGA